AUGGAGGCAAUGCGGAGCUGGUCGUCGCCAAAGAACGUCAUAGAAAUGAGAAGUUUCUUGGGCUUGGCUGGAUACUAUCGUCAAUUUGUUCAGGAUUUCUCUCGUAUUGCUCGACCAAUGACUUAUCUGAUAAAGAAGGAGAGGCUAACUACAACCCCUGUUCAUAUGCUACCUAACCUUAAGUUGGAUAAUUCAAUUUAUAGCGAUGUGAGAAAGAAAGGGUUAGGAUGCAUGCUUAUGCAAGAUCACAAGAGUGACCAAAACAUACGGCAACAUCGGUGGUUGGAAAUGAUGACGGAUUAUGAUUUUGAGUUUGUAUACCAUAAGGCGCGAGCUAAUUUCGUUGCUGAUGCGUUGAGCAGGAAAUCUAGUCAUACCUUGGCUACUUUGAGUGGGGUUGAAGAGUUAAAUGGAGAUUUUACUAGGUUAAAUUUGGAGGUUAUACAGGAAAGCGAGUUGCAAUAUUGUGUUAGCGCUUUGGCUAUACAACUCUCGUUUUUGGAAGAAAUCCCAAGUUUGCAGGAUAAAGACCCAAAACUGGUGAAGCUAAAAGAGCAGGCUUGUGUGGGAAAAGCCGAGGGAUUCUUUAUUCAUGAGGAUGGAGGUUUGAGGAGCGCAUUUUUGGAUGGAGCUCAUAGAUCAAAGUUUUCUAUUCACCUUGUGGGAGGUCGGAUGUAUCAUGAUCCCAAGCUUAUGUUUAAGUGGUCGGGAAUGAAGAAGGACAUCGCUGAGGAUAAUAUAUCGAUGGAUUUCAUUGUGGGUUUGCCUCAAACAAUGUCAGGGAAUGAUGCCUUAUGGGCAAUGGUGUAUCGGUUCAUAAAGUAUGCAUUCUUCUCUAUGAAUUGCCGUUGGGAGUUGGAACAAUUGGCUUAUGCUUAUAUUAAGUAA